GUGGCUGUUCCUGCGUCCGUUGGAGAAAUUCAGAACUUGAGAAACACCGCGGUCACCAGCUGUCCGAAAGAGGCAACUAGAAAAUCCUUCGGAAUAACUAUCAUCCGCACAACACUCAGUCUAGCCGUUUCGGGAUUGCUCUCCACGCAAAUCCCGUGACAAGGCGGAACAGAUCUCGCUCGCAUCAUAUUAUCACCCCUCCAAACUUCCAUUGCAUCAGGACGAUCGAUAGCACGGCUGAGUUCGAGCUGGCAAGUUGCUGGGCCUGCUGCUGCUGUUGUAUUCUUCCUGUGUCCUAUCCCCUCGACCCCUCCCUAUCCCGUCACUUUGCUGCGCCCCGCGUAACCCCGCCGCACCUGAUUUCUAUUGUGGGCGGAUUCGGAAGCCGUCUGCAAUCACCAUGGCGCGCGUCUACGCCGAUGUCAACGAGCACAUGCCCCGGUCCUACUGGGACUACGACAGUGUGAACAUUUCUUGGGGCGUGCUGGAGAAUUACGAAAUCGUUCGCAAGAUCGGUCGAGGAAAGUACUCUGAGGUUUUCGAGGGUAUCAAUGUCGUGAAUUACCAGAAAUGCGUUAUCAAGGUCCUCAAGCCCGUGAAGAAGAAGAAGAUUAAGCGAGAGAUCAAGAUUCUCCAGAACCUUGCUGGCGGUCCCAACGUUGUAGCUCUACUGGACGUUGUUCGGGAUAACCAGAGCAAGACUCCCAGCUUGGUUUUCGAGGCUGUCAACAACACCGAUUUCCGUACCUUGUACCCCCGCUUCACGGACUACGAUGUCCGCUUCUACAUCUACGAGCUUCUGAAGGCGCUGGACUUCUGUCACAGCAAGGGUAUCAUGCAUCGAGAUGUGAAGCCCCACAAUGUCAUGAUCGAUCAUGAGAAGCGCAAGCUGCGACUGAUCGAUUGGGGUCUUGCCGAGUUCUACCACAAGGGCACUGAGUAUAACGUCCGAGUCGCAUCUCGUUACUUCAAGGGCCCCGAGCUGCUCGUCGACUUCCAGGAGUACGAUUACUCCCUCGACAUGUGGUCACUGGGUGCCAUGUUUGCUUCCAUGAUUUUCCGCAAGGAGCCUUUCUUCCACGGCAACAGCAACUCGGACCAACUGGUGAAGAUUGCCAAGGUCCUGGGCACCGAGGAGCUCUUCGAAUACCUGGACAAGUACGACAUUGAGCUGGACCCUCAGUACGACGAUAUUCUCUCCCGGUUCCCUCGUAAGCCGUGGCACUCAUUUGUCACGGCCGAGAACCAACGCUUUGUUAGCGAUGAAGCCAUUGACUUCCUCGACAAGCUGCUUCGUUAUGACCAUGCCGAACGCUUGACUGCUCAAGAGGCUAUGGCUCACGCCUACUUUGACCCGGUCCGCGCCGAUUCUCUGAACAACGCAGCUGCCCAGUCCUGAUUCUCGCCAGCAGUGAUGCACGGCCUUGGCUCUUUUUCUAGCUUCCUUACAUUUCCUAUCAGCACUUCUACCACCCCUCCUGACCCCUAACAACCUAUCUACAGAAUAUCACCCGGUAUCACAAGCCCCCUUUGUGUCUGAGUCGGAGAUAUGCCGUUUGCAGCGGCACAAGGCCAGAAAGACAAGACGGAUAAUUUUUCAAUGAGAUCUCUUCCCAGUGUUUUCUCUGGACUUUAACCAUUCGGCGGGAGAGGGGCUGCGAUGAAUGACCGAUUUUCGAACGGAGACGACGUUGAUGACAAGACAUGACAUCUAAUCUUCUUGGGCUGGCCAGCCCUGUAUCGCCUCGGUUCUACAGGCGUGUUAGUGAGCGCAAUCAAAUCAAUUGUCCUCUUAGAGCGGCAAGAAGAUCCUUUCUCUAUGCUCCUUUCAUUGUACAGCGUUGGUUUCUUCAGGCCUCGCCAAUUUCUCUUCUUCUUCCCCUCUUCCCUCAUCCUUGGGUCUGGUGUUAUGGAUUUCCUUUUCUCCUUUCCUUUUUUUCAUGUGGUUCUAUUUGCCGUUAUGCUUCCCUUAGUUGUUACUCGCCGCUGCUUCUGGCAUAACAUGCACAUUCGAUGGAGUGAUGGUACUGGGGAGGAACUCAUGAUUGGCGACCAUGCUACCAGCGGUUUCGCGAAGACAUAAGACAUUACCAAUUCCCCCAUUUUGGGUUUCAUUCAUAAGGUUCGCCAUAUG